AAAUGGCGGGAAGAGUCUAGGUUAAAAGUUAACGUCAACAUAAGUUUAGGAUUAUUUGGUUUAGGCUUCGAAAUCGUAGGAGGAAAGAUUUAUCUGCGAAGUGAAUUACUUUUUCUUAAGAAAAAUGGAACUGGAAUAUUCAGAUGUUUCCGCUGAGGUCAAAGGAUCUCUAACGCCAGGAAAAUUAAAACUAACGGAACAAAAUAUUAUCUUCAAAAACAGUACAAGCGGUAAAGUACAACAAAUACCAUCUUCAGACUUUGAUGUAGUAAAUUUUCAAACCUUUGCUGAUACUUGGAGUAUUUGUUUAUUCCUCAAAAAUGGUACCUUACAUCGAUUUGUAGGUUUCAAAGAUUCAGAAAAAGAAAAAAUUGCAAAGUUUUUUAGUAAUGCCUACAAAAUAGAAAUGCUGGAGAAAGACCUAAGUACAGUUAAAAAUGGAUCAGUUUUAAGUUUUGAUGUAGGUUCCAAUAGUUCAUUUGAAAUACCGCUUAACCAUAUAUCACAAUGUACAGGAGGAAAAAAUGGGAUUGCUAUGGAAUUUCACCAAAAUGAUGAUGCUCCAGUGAGUCUCAUGGAAAUGAAGUUGAAGGAUCCAGUUGAAGUGUUCCAACAGCAGGUAGUGGAUAAAGCCAGUGUUAUCAAUAUAUCAGUAGAUGCUAUUGCUAUAUUCAGAAAAAUCAACUGCCUUACUCCCAGAGGGCGUUAUGAUAUUAAAAUUUUCAAUUCAUUUUUCCAACUUCAUGGCAAAACAUUUCAUUAUACAAUUCCACUAACUACAGUGCUCAGAUUGUUCCUCUUACCACAUAAAGAUAGCAGACAGAUGUUCUUUGUAGUUAGCUUAGAUCCAAUUAAACAAGGCCAAACUGGUUUCCACUUUUUAGUGUUUCUCUUUAAUCGAGAUGAAACAUCGAUUGAGCUUCCAUAUACUGAAGAAGAACUAAAGGAAAAAUUUGAAGGAAAGUUACAAAAGGAACUUAAUGGACCCACAUUUGAAGUUAUGAGUAACAUUAUGAAAACUAUUACCAACAAAAAACUAACAGGACCUGCUGAUUUUAUAGGUCAUUCUGGAACACCAGCAAUUAGUUGUUCCUUCAAAGCUAAAGCUGGUUUGUUAUAUCCAUUGGAAAGGGGCUUCAUCUAUGUUCAUAAACCAACUAUUCAUAUUACAUUUGAAGAUAUGGCUUCUGUUAAUUUUGCUAGAGCUGGUGGAAGUACGAGAGCUUUUGACUUUAAAAUUGAUCUAAAGUCAGGCACUGUUCACACUUUUGGCAGUAUAAAAAAAGAAGAGUAUGGUAAGCUGUUUGACUUUAUUACCAAAAAGAAAUUGAACAUUAAAGAUGAGUUUGGAGAAUCAUUUGAAGAAGCUGCUCCAAAUGCGUAUCUGGCAAGGGUUAAAGCUAAAGGCCAAGAAAAGGAUGAUGAUGAUGAUGAAAAGGAUAAAGAAAGAUAUGAACAAGAAAUGAAAGAAUUUAAAGCUUCAUUAGGUGACACCUCAAAAGAAAAUAAGAAAUCAUCAGCAAAUACGGAUAAGAAAGCUUCUGAUGUAGAUCCAGUUGAAGUGUUCCAACAACAGGUAGUGGAUAAAGCCAGUGUUAUCAAUAUACCAGUAGAUGCUAUUGCUAUAUUCAAAAAAAUCAACUGUCUUACUCCCAGAGGGCGUUAUGAUAUUAAAAUUUUCAAUUCAUUUUUCCAACUUCAUGGCAAAACAUUUCGUUAUACAAUUCCAAUAACUGCAGUGCACAGAUUGUUCCUGUUACCACAUAGCCACCUACUACCAGAUAGCAGACAGAUGUUAUUUGUAGUUAGCUUAGAUCCAAUUAAACAAGGCCAAACUAGUUACUACUUUUUACCGUUUCUCUUUAAUCGAGAUGAAACAUCGAUUGAGCUUCCAUAUACUGAAGAAGAACUAAAGGAAAAAUUUGAAGGAAAGUUACAAAAGGUGCUUAGUGGACCCACAUUUGAAGUUAUGGGUAACAUUAUGAAAACUAUUACCAACAAAAAACUAACAGGACCUGCUGAUUUUAUAGGUUAUUCUGGAACACCAGCAAUUAGUUGUUCCUUUAAAGCUGAAGCUGGUUUGUUAUAUCCAUUGGAAAGGGGCUUCAUCUACGUUCAUAAACCACCUACUUAUAUUGAAUUUGAAGAUAUUGUUUCUGUCAAUUUUGCUAGAGGUGGUGGCAGUACAAGAUCUUUUGACUUUAAAAUUGAACUAAAUUCAGGCAUUGUUCACACUUUUGGCAGUAUAGAAAAAGAGGAGUAUGGUAAGCUGUUUGACUUUAUUAUCAAAAAGAAGUUGAACAUUAAAGGCCAAGAAAGGGACGAUGAUGGUGAUGAUGAAAAGGAUAAAGAAAGAUAUGAACAAAAAAUGAAAGAAUUUAAAGCUUCAGGAGGUGACACCUCAAAAGAAAAUAAGAAAUCACCAGCAAAGGCGGAUAUGAAACCUUCUGAUGUAGAUGUAGUUGAAGUGCUCCAACAACAGGUAGUGGAUAAAGCCAGUGUUAUCAAUAUAUCAGUAGAUGCUAUUGCUAUAUUCAGAAAAAUCAACUGUUUUACUCCCAGAGGGCGUUAUGAUAUUAAAAUUUUCAAUUCAUUUUUCCAACUUCAUGGAAAAACGUUUCGUUAUACAAUUCCAAUAACUACAGUGCUCAGAUUGUUCCUGUUACCACGUAGCCACCUGCUACCAGAUAGCAGGCAUAUGUUCUUUAUAGUUAGCUUAGAUCCAAUUAAACAAGGCCAAACUGGUUUCCACUUUUUAGUGUUUCUCUUUAAUCGAGAUGAAACAUCGAUUGAGCUUCCAUAUACUGAAGAAGAACUAAAGGAAAAAUUUGAAGGAAAGUUACAAAAGGAACUUAAUGGACCCACAUUUGAAGUUAUGAGUAACAUUAUGAAAACUAUUACCAACAAAAAACUAACAGGACCUGCUGAUUUUAUAGGUUAUUCUGGAACACCAGCAAUUAUUUGUUCCUUCAAAGCUGAAGCUGGUUUGUUAUAUCCAUUGGAAAGGGGCUUCAUAUACGUUCAUAAAUCACCUAUUUAUAUUGGAUUUGAAGAGAUUGCUUCUGUUAAAUUUGCUAGAGGUGGUGGCAGUACAAGAUCUUUUGACUUUGAAAUUGAAGUAAAGCCAUGCACUGUUCACACUUUUGGCAGUAUAGAGAAAGAGGAGUAUGGUAAGCUGUUUGACUUUAUUACCAAAAAGAAGUUGAACAUUAAAGAUGAGUUUGGAGACUCAGUUGAAGAAGCUGCUCCUGAUGCGUAUCUGGCAAGGGUUAAAGCUAAAGGCCAAGAAAGGGAUGAUGAUGAUAACGAGAAGGAUAAAGAAAGAUGUGAACAAGAAAUGAAUGUGGGAGGAGGUGAAAAAGCUUCAGGAGAUGAUACCUUAAAAGAAAAUAAGACAUCACCAGCAAAGAAGGAUAAGAAACCCGUUGCUAAUAAAAGAGACAGUUCACCUAAUGAAGUUGAAGAAGCUGCUCCUGAUGCGUAUCUGGCAAGGGUUAAAGCUGAAGGCCAAGAAAGGGAUGAUGAUGAUAACGAGAAGGAUAAAGAAAGAUGUGAACAAGAAAUGAAAGUGGGAGGAGGUGAAAAAGCUUCAGGAGAUGAUACCUCAAAAGAAAAUAAGACAUCACCAGCAAAGAAGGAUAAGAAACCCGUUGCUAAUAAAAGAGACAGUUCACCUAAUGAAGUUGAAGAAGCUGCUCCUGAUGCGUAUCUGGCAAGGGUUAAAGCUGAAUGCCAAGAAAGGGAUGAUGAUGAUAACGAGAAGGAUAAAGAAAGAUGUGAACAAGAAAUGAAUGUGGGAGGAGGUGAAAAAGCUUCAGGAGAUGAUACCUCAAAAGAAAAUAAGACAUCACCAGCAAAGAAGGAUAAGAAACCCGUUGCUAAUAAAAGAGACAGUUCACCUAAUGAAGUUGAAGAAGCUGCUCCUGAUGCGUAUCUGGCAAGGGUUAAAGCUGAAGGCCAAGAAAGGGAUGAUGAUGAUAACGAGAAGGAUAAAGAAAGAUGUGAACAAGAAAUGAAAGUGGGAGGAGGUGAAAAAGCUUCAGGAGAUGAUACCUCAAAAGAAAAUAAGACAUCACCAGCAAAGAAGGAUAAGAAACCCGUUGCUAAUAAAAGAGACAGUUCACCUAAUGAAGUUGAAGAAGCUGCUCCUGAUGCGUAUCUGGCAAGGGUUAAAGCUGAAGGCCAAGAAAGGGAUGAUGAUGAUAACGAGAAGGAUAAAGAAAGAUGUGAACAAGAAAUGAAAGUGGGAGGAGGUGAAAAAGCUUCAGGAGAUGAUACCUCAAAAGAAAAUAAGACAUCACCAGCAAAGAAGGAUAAGAAACCCGUUGCUAAUAAAAGAGACAGUUCACCUAAUGAAGGCUUUCCACAAGAGGAGAACACCUUGGAAAUCAUGGAAGCAAUACCUGUAAAUCCAUCUAAAAAACAACGUAUAAGUCAACCUGCUGAAGAAACACCUUACAUGUGCGUUUUUUGUUUUGAAAGGUUUUCUCAUACAGAUGAUUUAGAACAACAUGCAAGAACCCACUCUGUGGAAAACCCUAAGAAGUGGCAAACAUGUUCUAAGCGGUUUUUUGGCGCUGAUUUGAAAAACCAUAUAACGCCGCACACCGGAGACGAAUGUAACAGGUGCGAAAAUUGUUUUAAGGGUGUUUGUCGAGCAUUUCAAUUGAACCGACUUAUAACAUCGCACACUGAAGAACAACUUAAGAAGUGUCAAAUAUGUUUUGAGCAGUUUUCUCAGGCAGGUUCUUUGAAAAAACAUAUGAGAUCGCAUACUGGAGAACGACGUUACAAAUGCGAAGUUUGCUUUAAGCACUUUGAUCACGCAUCUUAUUUGAAAAAUCAUACAAGAACGCACACUGAAGAAAAACCUUUCCAGUGUCAAAUGUGCUUUAAGCAGUUUUCUCAAGCUAGUGGUCUGAAAUAUCAUAUUAUGAGAUCGCACAAUGAAGACAAACGUUACAAUUGCGAAAUUUGUUGUAAGAGUGUUUGUCGAGCAUUUCAGUUGAAACGACUUAUAAGAAUGCACACUGAAGAAAAUCUUAAAGAGUGUCAAAUAUGUUUUAAGUCGUUUUCUGAGGCAAGUUCUUUGAAACAACAUAUAAGCUCGCAUACUAGAGAAAAACGUUACAAGUGCGAAGUUUGUCUUAAGCACUUUGGUCAAGCAUCUGAUUUGAAACAACAUAUAACAACGCACACUGAAGAAAACUCUUACAAAUGUCAAAUGUGCUGUAUCGAGUUUUCUCAGGCACGUUCUUUGGAAGAACACAAUAUAAGAUCGCACACUAAAGAAAACUGUUACAAAUGUCAAAUGUGCUCUAUCGAGUUUUCUGAGACAGCUUCUUUGGAACAGCAUAAUAUGACGCACACUGACGAACAACGUUACAAGUGCAAAAUUUGUUUUAAGCACUUUGAUCGAGCCUCUCGUUUGAAAAGACAUAAAAUAACGCACAUUGAAGGAAAACCGUACGAAUGUCGAAUGUGUUUAAAGCAGUUUUCUCGGGCAGAUUCUUUGCAAGAUCAUAUCUGUGUUCUGUGCGUAAACAGAGUUAAAUACUCUAAAAAGACUGUUUUGAGAUUGUGAUAUAUUCUAUUUAUAUUAUUUGUUUUAUCAAUAUUCAUUCAUUUUUUAUAUAAGUUUUUCUUUAUUUUUUGUUAUUAAAUACAACUUACUUGGUUUAUGUACAUAGGCGUAGCUACGGGGGGAGGCAGGGUGGGCCUGGCCUGGGUGAUGAAAUUUUAUGUUUUGUGUUGUUAAUAACGUUCAACCAAUAAAUUAGUUAAAUCCAAAAUUAUCUUCAAUGUUAUUCCGCAAAUUAAAAAACAAUAGUGUCGUGUA